AAUGCCAUGUGCAGUAUAUAAAGUGUAGCGCCGUCUAAGGAAAGUAAUCCUCAGUACUUACCUGUUCAUCAUGAAGAAGCUGAUCCUUUGUCUGACUCUCAUCUGGGCACUCUCCAGCACAGCUGUGGCACUUCAGUGCCAGACUUGUGCAGAUGAGCAGUGUUCAACCACAAUUCCAGUCACAUGUUCCUCAGAGACGAUGUGUGUAACAGCUUCCAUUCAAGCCACUUCAUAUGGACCUACAAACCAGCAAAUAUUCAAGGCGUGUGCAUCAUCCUCCCUGUGUCCAGCCGCAGACGUUUCAGCUCAGACAUUUUCAGCCAACUUGGGUGUUUUGGUUGCAGUUGCAUCUGCUAAGUGCUGCAACACAGAUAAUUGCAACAUAGACACUCUACCAUUCCCUGCUGCUCAGACAGAUAACACCCUAAGGUGUUUCACUUGUGACCCCAUGACCUCUCAAUGUACUUCUCAAGUACAAUGUAGGGGGGAAGAGGACCAGUGCUUUGCAGCGAAUGUGACAAUUGGGUCCAGCCCUUUUCCAACUUUUGGCUGUGUAUCUACAAAUCUGUGUGCAGCUGCUAUAAGCCUGGGUAGCCUUCCUUUCAUGCAAAGCAAUGGAAGCAUAAGCAGUGGACCAUCUUGUUGUGGGACCAGUUUGUGUAAUACUGCCACAACAACAACAACCGCACCUACAACAACAACAACCGCACCUACAACAACAGCCGCACCUACAACAACAACCACAACUACUACCAGUGACGCCUUCUGUUUCAGACUGAGUAUGAUCCAUCUGCUGCUCGGACUCAUAAUCUUUGCUGUCUGUUAGAAUAAGGGGGUUUCGACAAAGCACCUAUGCAGCCACCAGAAGGACUCUGAAACAGAAUUAAUUAUCGAAAACUAAAACUGACUCUCCUUUAGUAUAUGUAGACCACAUAUUUAAGUUAAGAUUCCUAUAAGUUGAAUGUAUACACCUUCCUGUCAAAGUAAAUUCCUUGUCUGUGCAAACGUUCAUGGCGAUAAAAACACAUUCUGAUUCUGAAA